GCAAGAUGAAGAUGUCCAAGGACUUGCACAUUGUCGAACUCAUUGAGCACCUGCCACUGUUUGAGGGCUGCUCCAGAGCAAACAUCGAGUUCCUCGUGUUCACGGGCGAGAGCAAAGCGCUGCGCUAUAACCAAGUGGUUGUCGCAGAAGGCGACGCCAUCGACUCGAUAUUUGUCCUCCUCACUGGAUCGGUCAAGGUAUUCAAGACCAUCACCACACUCCAGAGGGGAGCCACUGUCACACUUGCAAACAGUCAUCCACAAGCAAACAUGCCAAGAAUCCGCGAGGAUACCACGGUCUACAUCACCACCCUCAAUUCUGGCGACGUGUUCCCGCACGCUGAUCCCGAUAUGCCCCAGCCAGCAGCAGCAUCAUACAUACUGGCGAGCGGGCCGAGUGCAGAGUGUCUCCAAAUUGAUCUGGCUCGCAUUCGAGAGAGCCCUUUGGAAUUGAAAACCCGGCUCUCAGAGUAUUUCAAGACUUUUUCUUCCCAAGUCAGUAAUAUCGAGCAAAAGCUGUGCUCCAAGAAAACUUGGGAUGUGUACAAGAGGCACAUCAUCCAAGAAGUGCUUCAGACCCCUGACAAAUCUGUCGAACAGCGGAGAUCCCCACGGCUGCCGAGCAUUGACAGACAGAGCCCUGAGAGACGAGAGAAAAUGGAAAACGUCCAGGAGCGAGGCCAGGAGUCAACCACCAGAGUCACCCUUGGUGUCCUGAAUCUCUCUCCACGCCCCCCACGACAAGGGAAUCCCGGCAGAUCUGAUGCGGGGCAGCGACGAUAUCGAUCUCAGACCGAGCCUCCAAAGUUGAUCUAGUGAACACAUAUGGAACCGGGACAGUGCGCUUCUCUCUGGCAUCAGAAGCCUGAGGCCUGCUGAUCGGUAGGCCAUGGUGGGCAGCCGAGGGAUUGCACUUCUGUCUCUGCUGGCAAUCCAGUGGUUUGGUUGCUUUCGGGGGUAUCGUCUUGAAUACAUCCGAUCGAUCUCCAUGGGCGAUGAUCGACUGGCAUACCGAGAUCAUGUUCCGUGAGGAAUUGAUGUCUCGAU